UGUCGCUCACAAAGGUAGUUUCAACAGCCAGAAAAAAAAGACACAUAAAUGUAUCAGAAUAAUUAGCGAGAGACGUGAAUGGACGAAGACGCGAAGGAUUACUUUUUCAUUAUGGCACUACUUCAUUCCCGCAGACCAACGACAGUCGUCGAGCUUUUCAACAAUUUCAGCAUUUUAACGCGAAACCUUCACUGGAGCGCGCGCCAGGCUACGGGCUGAAUGGCUGUUUAUCAGAGAUCGAGUGUGACUGCGAUGGCAUCAUUUUCCACCCGUUUGUUUCUUCUGUUUGUUUGUUGUUGGCGACAACAGACCAUCAUGAACAAUCCCUUCCUGAAGAUCCUUAAUCUUUAUCCUAACAUGACCAAGACUAGUGAAACUCAGUCAUUCAUCUCAUACAGGAGAAGGUCCUUCCUUUGUGUGCUGCAAAACAUUUGCUUUUAUUUGUGUGACUUCCUCGAGGAACUCAUCCAUCAGUGUAUGAGUGUUACAGAGCUACUGAACAUAAACAUGUACAGUGUUUUUCUAUUACAUAAGGACAUGAUGGUGAGCAAGAUGAAGAACAUGACUGUAGAUGUAAAAAAUUGGCCUGAACAUGGCGCCUGGAACAAGGAAGUCAAAAUGUCCACCGUUCUCGAUAAGACUGUUAAAUCACAAAUGAAGGUGGUGAUCCAGUCUGAUCCGAUGGAAGUGGCAGAAUUCCUGCUCUCAGACUGGCUUGAAUGUCAGUCAGAAGAGCAGGGUAGGAGCGAUGAUGAUGACGACGAUCAGACAGAAUGGAGUGAUAAAGAGUUGUCCAAUGAUGGAGUUUCAGAGAUGUCCUCAGAAAACACUGGCGAUCCCUACAAUCCACUUCACUUCUGUUCUACUGAAGACCAAGUAAAACAUUCAGACCAUGACAAGGAGGAGGAGGAAAAGGAGGUUCCUCAAGAGCAAAAUGAAACUGAAUGGAGUGAGGAAGAUGAUUCUGAUUGGUCAGAUGAAGAUGAUUUGGAAAUGCCUGCAGAGAGCAGAGUGUUAUGGGAGUCCUUUAACAGUGAUCCCUAUAAUCCACUCUGCUUCUCCGGUCCAACUGGAGUUAAAACCUCAGAGAUUGAACAAGAUCACAAGCCAUCAAGCCUCACAGCCGGUGAGCUUGAGGAGAACGAUCCUAAGCAGAGCACAAAGAGAAGCGCAAAGAAGGUGCUUUUCAGUGAGAAGGUGACCAUACACAACUUUGAGGACUGGGGCUCUGCAAGCCAGGAAGCAAGAGAUGGUUCGUGCUGGAUGGAGAUGGCAAGAGAUAGAGCACGUUUCAAAAGAAGAGUGGAGAAAACUGAAGAGAUCAUUAGCCCGUGUCUCACAGCUGAGCACAGAGCCAGAGUUUUGGAUAGACUUUUGAUCAGCUUGGACAGUGUCCCAGCCGAUCAGUAAAGGUGAACAACGACCAAAAAAAGGCAGCUGUUAUGUAUAAUAUUUUAUUUACAUGGUGCUUUUGUACUUACCUCAAAGCGCUGUAGUUAAUGCACUGUGAUGUAGUAUUUCUGUGAAGUUUUUUACUUUUCCACAUUUUUAUUUAUUAUUUGUAUUUAAUGCUCCUUAAAUGUCCACUGUGUUGUCAAUGUUCGGGGAAGGGGGGAGGGUGUGGAACUGGGAUUUUCAAUAAAUCCUAAAUGAUAUGUUCACACUAA